AUGAUGGUAAAUGAGUGGCCCGCGAUCCUAGGCAGUGAUGGCGCCGGAGUUGUCGUCGAAGUUGGACCUGAUGUUAGCAGGCUGAAGGUUGGCGACUACGUCUACAGUUGUGCGUCAGUCGGUCAGAAUCGAUUCACACCAUUUCAAGACGCUUAUCUGGCCCGGGAAGAUUUGCUGUUUAUGAGGGGCAACAACAUAUCUCUUGAGGAUAGCUGCACCAUUGGAGCAUGUCUGCUGACUUCAAGCAUAUGUCUCCUUGGUGGCGCAGGGCUCGAGCUUCAUGACGACGGCAACAGAGCCCAGGAAAAAGACGAAUGGAUUGUCGUUCUGGGGGGCACUGGAAACGUUGGGCAAUUUGCGAUACAGCUGGGCAAAGUCUGCGGAUACAAGGUUCUGGCGUCUUGCUCUCCGUCCAAACAAUAUAUUGCCGUCCGAAACGGAGCUUCAGCGACCUUUGACAGUCGUGAGACGAUUGAUGCGCAAGUCGCGGAAAUCAAGAAGAUGACUGGCGGAAACUUUGGCAAAAUGAUGGACGCGAGCACUUAUGGUUACAAGGUCAUGGUGAAAGCACUCGAAACCGCCUCCAAUGCGAAAGAGAAAUACCUUGCGUCGGUUGACUCUUGGUCCCCAUUCUCAACACCAUCUUCUAUUAAUGAGUACAGAGCAGAUCUUGGCCAUCUCUGCCGCCCGAACGAGCGAGAUGGGACGCAGAUUACAUCCGAUAUCGCCAACUGGAUUCCGUUGCUUGAGAAGCGUAUUGCUGCUGGGACUCUGAAGCCACUUGAGCAUCAUGUUGUUGACGGGAUCGGAUGGGAGAAGGUUAUCCAGGGCAUUCAAGAUAUGGAAAGUGGAAAAAUCGGGAAGAAAAUUGUUCAUUUGCGGCAUCGGUAUAUCGAAACCACCAUGGAAGCUAUCGGCGCGGGUGCCAGCACGCUGGCCUUUGUCCUCUUAGCCCUCAAGUCAGCCAAGAUCAUCAAUGAGUCACUCUCGUCAAUCAAAGAUGCCCCUAGGGUAGUCUCCGGAUUGUCCAAAGACCUAGAGUCGCUGCAAUCCGUUCUCGGGCGGAUAUCUGGCAGCUCGCUGCAACACGCGCCGACAAGCACGAUUGAGUCAUUAAAUGAUAUUCUGCAAGCAUGCACAACAGAGCUGUCGAGCAUUGAACGUCGGCUCGCAAAAUUCUGUGCCAGCUCUGGCAGUAGUCGUUCCAGUCGCGUUUACAAAGGCCUUCUCGCGUACGUCAAGAAAGAAGAUCUCGAGAAUGCGCGAAGCCGGAUUCGAGACAAGUCAACGCAAAUAAACCUUUACCUCAGCCUUCUUCAAGCACAGUCACUUUUGCAAGUGUCAUCGAGGAUAGAUACUCAUGCCACGGCGACGGCAAGUAUCCUGGAGCAAAUACUUGGAGAGGUAUCAAAACUUCACACAAGACUUGAUCAAGAUGCUACAUCCAAUGAGGUCGAGCAACUUCCAGCAACCGCAGAUGAUGACGCUAUAGACAGCGCAAUGGCUGGUCGACUUGGUGCCAUGGCACUUUGUUCCGAGCUUGAGUCUAGCAUCACCCGCUUUUCUACCCUCAUAGACCAUGACGGCCUGACCUUGGAUGCCGAUGAUGCUGAGCAAAUCAUUGACGACUUACGGAAAUUCGUUGUUAUUGCCAGGGAGAGGUCGAUCGAGAAGUCUGUACUCAAGAGCAACUGCAAUAGCUACAGUGCGGUCACAGAAGACAAUACGAAGGCGUUCGGUAGAGAUCUGAAGCUAAUAGAGGGACUGAUUCUUUCCGCCCCCAUCAUUGCAAUCAACCAGUCUGUCUCUGGUUCUCGAAAACUUCGUUCUCACCUACCGCAUGGUACGGUCAUCAAGCAAAAGCGAAUAAGGGAAGAGAUCGAUGUUGACCACGGUUAUCUCACGAUCUCAACCAACAAGAGAAGGCGAAUAUGUACCGCAAGCUCCUCUGACCCAUCUGGAGGUGUCAAAACCUUUCGCGAUGUUGUUGCUAAUAUCGUGUUCCGACCGUCGAAUUCCCCCUGGAUGUUUUCAGUCUCGCUUUCACAGGGUCAACUUUUCGAUCGAAGCAUUCAGAGUAUCCCGCGAAUAUCUGUUUGUCGCAUAGUCCCAAAUGACUCGCCCGUCUUUACUUUGGUGAAACAGGGCUCCCUCAAGGAGUUCAUAGCAAUGCUGCAGGAGGGGAAAGCAAGCUUACGUGACCACGACGAGCAGGGUAUGCCACUUCUACAUUAUGCAGCUACGGCGAGUGUGGAGAUGUGCAAAUUCUUGAUCGAGUCUGGGGCAGACGUGGAUGAGAUGGGCGAACAUACGGGUACUGCCCUCUCGCGUAUAGCAGGGCUGGAACGACAUGAUACAACAUUAGUACUACUGGAAAACAUGGCUGAUCCCACUUUGUCAUACCCGGGUUGGGAUAACCCGUUAUCUACGGCCUGUAACCUUGAUCUUCCAUCAGCAGAGCUCUUCCUUAAGCACGGGAGUCACUUCACGAUGCAUGACCUAGAGAGCUUCGACCUCAAUGGAAGGACAAGACUUCACCAGGUUUGUAUGGCAGAAACCAGGGACUCGAAGAAAGCAGUCUCUAUGCUGGUGGCGGCUGGAGCCAGCCUUAACGCCCGUAUAGCAAAGUCAUGGUCUCCAGAUGACCACCAAACGCUAGGGUUCACGUGCCUGCAUAGCCUUGUUUAUAAAGCUCAUCGAAGCAGGGAUCGAGACGAGCUGGAAGCUGUAGUCUUCCUGAUCCGACAAGGAGCAGAUAUCCUUGCUGUUGACCAUCAUCAGCAUAGCGUUUCAAUGCGUGCAUAUUUACCCAACGAUGGCGAUAACCAGUACUCGUCCAAGGGGUCAUACAGAGGUGAUCUUUGGGACGCUGCUCUGACGAUAUGCGGCUAUGAUAUCAACCCACAUCGAGAUGCAUAUCCCAGAGUGCCCAGGUAUAACAGAAACUACAGAAGGAAGGACUUCGAGAGAUUAUGGGAGGGGUAUGAAGCCCUGUGUCCGUAUUGGGCAGAUGAGCGAUAUCCAGAAUCAGGCGGCGAUGACGACUACUGGAAGCAACCUGUGAGACGCUGUGAGCAUAUCGCAUGUUCAGAUUGUGAAGAGCUUCCGGUACAAACUGAUGAGCAUGACGUGGAGCCAACAAUAGACGCUCAUAUCCCAGGCUACGCCCAAGCUAUAUAUCGCGAAUGGUACUUGGCUCGCAGUCCGGAGUCCAACCCUAGGCCUUAUAUAGACCACCUUUCGAGCCAUGAUGACGAUUAUAACUAUUAUGACGAUGAUGACUAUGAUGAGGAUGGAGAAGAGAGCAGUCCACCCAUUGAGACCUUUGAGGAAGAAAGCAGGGAAUCGAGUGUAGAUGUGGGAUCUGAUGGCGGUGUUCGGUUUUACGAUGAGAUGGACAAUCCUUCGCCACCGAGCAGUGAAGAUGGGGAAGCAGCUUAUGAGAGAUUGGUUGGUCCAUAUCAAGAUGAAGAGAGGGAGAUUGACGAUUACCCCACUUUUGUAGAUAGAUGGUUGGAGCACUACAUUCGAGCGGCUGAAGAAUAUACAGGAGAGGAUGAUGAGAUGGUGGACUGA